ACCUUUUCCCGGUACGUAUUUCGAGUGCCACGCCAAAAAUGUUCGGGUAGGUACGCCAGUACACACUGGUGCGCCAACUUAAAUCUUCCGGGUGGAAUCGCGCUUGUGCGGAGUUUGAACGUGGACCUUUUGCAAUAAAGUUAGGGAAACCGAAUUUUAAAUGAAAUUCAAAACACACAUUUUAGCAUGUGGUUCAGGGAGUGGGCAGAGGCUCAGCUGGCAGAACUCGAGCUGCUGACAAGCAUGUUCCCCACUCGGGAAGAACUGGAGAUUGUGGACCAGCUGGCCCUCGCUGAGCUCCGGGACUACGUCGGCGCCGAGCGUUCGCCGUCGGCUUCCAGCGAGAGCCCACCACAACCGGCACCAUCUCCCUCUUCCAGACCCCAGUUCGUCAUCAAGCAGAAGCUGGAUGAUGACAAAACGAGAGACGCGGAGGGGGUGGCCUUUAUUCUCUCCUGCACGUAUCCACCAGAGUAUCCGAGUGUGGUCCCGGAGUUAACGGUUCGUUGUUGCAAGCUGAGUCGUGCCCAGCAGGCCCAGGUCCAUGCAGGACUCAAUACGCACCUGGCGGACACCUGCCUGGGAGAAGCGUGCGUGCUGUCGGCGUUGGAAUGGCUCAGGGACAACUUGCGUGCUUUCGUUGACAAAAGCUUAGCGGCCGUGGCGGCGCCACCUCCUCCUCCUCCCGAAAAGGACGUGGAGGCCUUCAGUCGGCUGUGGAUCUACAGCCACCACAUCUACAACAGCACCAAGAGGAAGAACAUCGUGGAGUGGGCCAAAGAGCUCGGACUAUCAGGUUUCAGCAUGCCCGGCAAACCUGGGAUUGUGUGUGUGGAAGGUCCACAGGCGGCUUGCGAGGAGUUCUGGUCCAGAGUUAAGAACCUGACGUGGAAACGGAUCACCAUUCGACACCGCGAGGACGUCCGUCUGCAGGAGGCGCCCGGCGUCCAAAGCAUCGACUCCCUGCGCAAGUUCUCCGGGUUCGAGGAGGCGGCCUUCGACCCGCGCGGGAGCCGAGGGAACCACAUGGACCUGGGUCUGCUCUAUCAGUUCUUGCGGGAGAAAGGCUGCUGCGAAGUCUUUCAGAUGUACUUUGGCGUCGAGGGGAGGAGGUAGUCCCCCCCGUGAAGCGCCGGGCUCGGGUGCCGAGCAUUGAUUGCGCAGCUUCGUCACGUGGACAAAGCGGACAAACUGGACCGCCUGGGCCCAGUUAGCACAAUUCUAAAUCCCAGAACAGGCUUUGCAAUUAAGUCACCAAACUUGACCAGAGAUUUGCUGUUUGCACAUUUAAUAGCAGCGCACGGCCCGCGGAAGCAGCUCGAUUGGUAAAUGGUGACUGUAAAGAUUGGAUCUGAAGAAUUAUAGAUAAGAAAAUCUCAUUUUCUUUUAAUGAACACUAAGGUAGAGCAAUCAGUGAGCAAACUCCAAUUAAAACUUGUGAUUAUUCAA